CCAUUUGAUACAGAUUCUACUCGAUUUAAACCGACUCUUCCCUCCCUCCCUCACAAGCGAAGUCGCUACAUUCCCUCAAUUCCAUAAACCGUAAUCCAAAACCCUAAUCGCGACAGAGAUUCUCAGAGAGAGAGAGAGAGAGAGAGAGAGAGGGGGAAGGGUGAAGCGGAAUAACCCAGGAAAUCGGCUGUUUUCUCUUUUCAGGGUUCAGUAUCUGCAUGUUGUUUUGCCGUGUAGAGAAAAAAUGGCAUUAGAGAUUACCGAGUACCUACUGGCUGCUCAAUCGCCAGAUGCGGGAGUUCGAACCCAUGCAAUGACUCUCUUCUCUCAGCUUGUUGAUCUAAACCCACCCGCAAUUUUGCUGUCGUUAUCCGUUGAGCUCUCGAAUGACGCGAAAUCUACCGAGUCUCGUAAAAUCGCCGGCGUUCUCCUCAAGAACUUACUGGAUUUUAAAUGGGCUGCAAUCGACGUUUCUACGAAAUCCCGUAUAAAAAGCUCUGUUCUGCACACCCUUGGAUCUUGUAUUAGCGAGGCUAGUGAUAUAGCUUCUCAGGUAGUGGCUAAGAUAGCUUCUAUCGAGAUUCCAGGAAAAGAAUGGCCGGAACUUGUUGGAUCGUUAAUUACCAAUAUGACCCUGGUAGAUACACCGGUGUAUCUGAAGGAAGCUACUUUGGAUACAAUUGUUCGUCUAUGCCUGGAGAUAUUUGAGCCGAACUCGUCGCUGCUCACACCUUACGUUUCGGAUCUAUUGAACGGUUUGAUUUUAAUGGCUGAACGAACGGCUGGUGUUAACUGUUAUGAACUCAGAUUUUCCACGUACGAAACGUUGAAUAUGGUUGUUAGGUGUUGUAACCUUUCGGAGACGUCUCGUAUUAUUGCCGAGCUCCUCCCGGCUUUCGUAUCUAAGUUGGAACAAACUUUAUUUCUUCGAGUUGUAUCUUUCGACGACAGGGUAAUUCUGGAAGAGUUACGAGCCUGUCUGUUUGGUGUGCUUCAGGUCGUAAUUCAAAAACUAAGCGCGGCUAUCGAAACUAGGCCCGUAGUUGGGCAGGUAGCCGACCGAAUCGUGUUGGUUUUCUUGAAUUUGUUUGGUAGCGGUAGUUGUACUGCCGACCAAGAAGCCAUGCUGACAAUUGGUGCACUGGUGUAUGCAAUGGGGCUAGGGUUCGAAAAGUACAUGCAAGGGCUGAUAAAGUGUAUAGAGACGGGCUUACAGAAUAUCGACGAGUACGAGGUUUGUGCCAUCACAGUCGGAGUUGUGGGCGACAUCUGCCGCGCGUUGGAUGACAAGUUCUUGCCGUACUGUGAUGUCAUCAUGAUUCAUCUCAUCAGGGAUAUAUCCAACGCUGGACUUCACCGGUCGAUUAUACCUCUCGUAUUCUCCUGCUUUGGGGACAUUGCGUUAGCAAUUGGCGAACACUUUGAUAAGUACGUGACUUGUGCUUUGCCGAUUAUGGAAAGUGCUUCACGAGUGUGUGCUGAGGUGGACAACAUCACUGACAAGGAGAUGGUAGGCUACUGCAAUCAGCUAAAGCGCAGUAUUUUCGAAGCGUAUUCGGGUAUUCUUCAGGGGUUUAAGAAGAGUUCCAAGAUGGAUCGAGUAAUGUUACCCUAUGCUCCUCAUCUCGUUUGGUUUAUAGAAUCGGUUGCCAAAGACAAUCAGAGGGAUAAGGGUGUAACAAAGGCAUCGGUGGAAGUUUUGGGCGACCUUGCGGAUGCACUUGGUUCGAACGUAGAAAUGUUGUUGAAAGAUUGUAAGUUUUGUACAGAGUUAAUAGGUGAAUGCCUUCAGUCAGACGAUGAAGAUUUGAAACGAGCUGCUACGUGGACAAAGGGGAUGAUUGGUCGUCCUUUUUCUGUCCGUGUCUAA